GUGAUGGAAGCCUCUACCUGGCGCCGCUCUGGAUAUUUACUUGAUGACAAAGGUAAGAUGAGAAGGAGAGACUCUCCUCCCUCCAGCAAAACCUCCAAGAUGAAGUGCGAAGAUUAUGUUUUGUUGAGUAAGAAGCAAGUUGGCUAUGAGGGCCUGGGACUCCAAACGGAGAGAGAUGAGCCCAAGGGCACUGAUUAUGAUGUGCAUGUUUCCACCAAGAAGUUACAGAUAAGCAGAGGAGUGUGUGAGAGAGGGACCCAGGGACUGAUGGCAGAGGAGUCAUGCUCUAAAAAGCGAACCGUGACCAAAGCAGGUGGGAAAGGUCUGGAAGGUGAAAUCUCUUCAGAGGUGUUUGAAAUGCAGUUUGAACAGCGGUGUUUGGGAGAUGAGGCUGAAAGCAGGAAGGAAAACACUGUUUAUAGGCUGGAGAAAGCUGAAAUCAGUAUCUCCAGCCAAGAGGGAGAAAUUAACCCAUUUGUCCACAUGGAACCUGAAGGGAGAAAGGAAAUGACAGAGUACAAGUUGCCUCUGAUCCGGAGAAAUGCCAGCCACCAGGAAAGUUAUCAAGGGACAGAGCAGGCUGCAGCUGGAAGUGUAAAUAUGAUCAACACUUUUCAAGGAACACUGAAGAAGCAGAUAAGCCGGUCGGACUCAGAAAGUAGCAUAGAGAGCAGACAAGUUAACAAGCUGACACUGAACUCUCCCUCGGAGGAAAAUAAACCCAGCGUCCAGAGCAGGUCAGAUAGCAGGGAGCAAAAAGCCAUGGUGAUGGAUUGUACAUUGCAAAGCAAAGAGACCAGAACAGUGCAAUCUGCUUCACAUACCCUUUGGGAAAGCAGCAAUCUAGGUGGAAACUUUAGGCAGACAGUUAAUUUUUCCUCUCUGACUGAAAGCUCUGCAGACCAUUGCCCCAAUGGUCAAACUGGUGAAAAGGAUCCAGCAGGAAAGCUUGAUAAAGAUAAGCAGGUAGUGAAGAGACUUGAGAUAAUGGUAUCAGCAAUUUCAAAUUGUGCUCUGGUUGCUGGAGAUUCGAGAGAGAAUGACAGCCAGGUCCUUCACCCUGAGAGUGGAGAAGACCUCAGAAGUGAGGCAGAUUCAGUGGUAUCUGAUUCAAACAGCCAGCAAAACUCCUCAAAAGCCCCUUCAACCAGGUUACAAACUGGUCUGGCUGUGAGUUUCAGUGAGACUGUAACAAUGUCAGAGGUGCUACAGAAACCACAUGAUAGGGCUACUUCUAGCAAAAACCAGCCAGAAGCUACAUUUCCAGAUAGUGCAACUAAAGUCAUUGGAGAAAGGAUCCCAGGAGGGGGCCCAGCUCAGCAGGAGCCAAAGAGGGAGGAAAAUCAAGAGGAUGAAAAAGUGCUUAAAGUUGCAGAUGUGAAGAAAACUUUUGAAAGGCAGAAGUCUGCAGAAGGCAAAGCAUCAGCACCUCCGCACAGUACAGCCAGAAAAGACACAAUGAGGCGAGUGGUACGACAGAGCAAAUUUCGGCAUGUGUUUGGGCAAGCAGUGAAAAAUGACCAGUGUUAUGACGACAUCCGGGUUUCCCGUGUUACCUGGGAUAGUUCCUUUUGUGUAGUAAACCCCAAAUUUGUUGCAAUAAUCAUAGAAGCUAGUGGCGGUGGAGCGUUCCUGGUGCUGCCCUUGCACAAGACGGGUAGAAUUGACAAGUCGUACCCAACAGUAUGUGGUCACACAGGACCGGUGCUUGACAUAGACUGGAGUCCCCAUAAUGAUCAAGUCAUUGCCAGUGGUUCUGAGGACUGCACUGUCAUGGUAUGGCAGAUCCCAGAGAACGGACUCACUCUCUCCUUGACGGAGCCCGUGGUAGUUUUAGAAGGCCAUUCAAAAAGAGUUGGCAUCGUUGCUUGGCAUCCAACUGCACGCAAUGUGCUGCUCAGUGCAGGUUGUGAUAAUAUAGUCAUCAUCUGGAAUGUGGGAACAGGUGAAGCCCUUAUAAACCUGGAUGACAUGCAUCUGGACAUGAUUUACAAUGUGAGCUGGAAUCGCAACGGCAGCCUGAUCUGUACAGCUUCUAAAGACAAAAAAGUCCGAGUGAUUGACCCUAGGAAACAAGAAAUCGUUGCUGAGAAGGAGAGGGCCCAUGAGGGAGCACGGCCCAUGAGAGCCAUCUUCCUCUCCGAUGGCAACGUCUUUACCACCGGCUUCAGCCGCAUGAGUGAACGGCAGCUCGCCCUGUGGAACCCUAAAAAUAUGGACGAGCCAAUAGCCCUGCACGAAAUGGACACCAGCAAUGGGGUGCUGCUUCCAUUCUAUGACCCGGACACCAAUAUCAUUUACUUGUGUGGCAAGGGUGACAGCAGCAUUCGCUACUUUGAGAUCACAGAUGAAUCCCCAUAUGUCCACUACCUCAACACCUUCAGCAGCAAAGAACCGCAGAGGGGGAUGGGGUUCAUGCCAAAGAGGGGCCUGGAUGUGAACAAGUGUGAAAUCGCCAGAUUCUUCAAACUUCACGAGCGGAAGUGCGAGCCCAUUAUCAUGACUGUCCCCCGAAAGUCUGACCUUUUCCAAGAUGACCUGUAUCCCGAUACGGCUGGUCCUGAAGCAGCUCUGGAAGCUGAAGAGUGGUUUGAGGGGAAGAACGCUGAUCCCAUUCUCAUUUCUUUGAAACAUGGGUACAUUCCAGGCAAAAACAGGGACCUCAAGGUGGUCAAAAAGAACAUAUUGGACAACAAGCCUGCAGCAAACAAGAAAAGCGAUCUCAUUAACACCCCAAAGAAAGCAGCAGACACAUCAAAUAUUCAAAACGAAGCCAAAUUGGAUGAGAUUUUGAAAGAGCUUAAAUCUAUAAAAGACACAAUCUCCAAUCAAGAUGAGCGCAUUUCCAAGUUAGAACAGCAGAUGGCGAAGAUGACGGUUUGAGAGCAAAGGGAGCAGAACUUUAAGCUGGAGCAGGGCUGGGGAGGCACUGCCAUUCAGGAAGACAUUCCAUUUCAGAAGUUGUCAAGCAGCAGCGUGCAGCAUUCCAAUAAGAACUUUAUUAUUCUCCUAAAUUAACUUCAGCGAAAGCCGAUGAUUAAAAGCCAAGCUUUUUAGUGAAA